GGUCUCUCGCGAAGAAGGCGCGUUUCGUGCUCGUGUUUACGCACGAAGGAAUAAUAAUCUCUGACCGCGCGCGCGGCGUAACGCGCGUUGCGUUGAAGAAAAAGAAGAAGAAGAAGAAGAUGGAGACCAGAGCGGGGCGAUCAGCGAGAUCUGCGACGGCGACUGCGUGCGGCGCGGCGGCGGCGAGGAAGAGAGCGAUUUAAUACGGGGAAACCGAUGACGCUCUUCCUCGAGGCCGUAUUUUAGGAACGUCCGUCCCAUAAAGAACCCCCGUCGAUCUUCUUCUUUACUCUUCUAGUCCCUCGCGAGUCAUUCGCGAGUCGUCCGCGUGACACUUGACACGCCAAUUGCCCGUCCGAUUUGCGCACUGUCUAGAUUACUCUAGAUCGUCCUCGUUUCCGAAGGAACGAGGGACGAUGCGCCGAAAGAACUUCCACGAAGCGCGAUUCUUUCGCCCCUCUCCCUCCCCCUCAGUGAAAUCCCUCCGACGCUGUAAUGUGUUCUCGCAAGAGACUCUUCGUUAGUUCUCUUCGACGUUAAUCCGGAAUAGAGUGUGUUAUUUUACAACGUGAAUCUGCGACUAUUUUAUGGAAAGAAGCGAAAUAUAAGUGUGUGUUUUGAAUAGCGAGGAUGCGCUCUCUUCAAAGGUGGGCGUCGUAUCGAAGCCGGAGGUCGUUUCCUGAUUCGCCACGUCCGACGUGAUUAGACGUUCCGUGCUGUGAUAAUUCAAUGUAUUUCGCCAUGAAGUAUCGUCAAAGCGAAAUAAAUCCGUCGAUCCGAUCUGUGGAUUUUUCUUUCGCAAAAAUGCUGCCAGCGCGAGAUAAAAUUCAGAAUUAUAAAAACGAGAGAGAGAUAGCCUUGAUAUCAUUGCCACAUUUUAUUAGAUUCUUUAUUUCUCGAUUAAUGAUUGCGGAUGAUUAUUGCGGCAAACUGCAUAAUAUAAAGUAUUCUCUAGAUUUGUGGAAUAUUUUCUGAACCGAUUUCACUUUCGAUUGAACUUUCAGUUUUUCCACAUGUAAGAAUUGCAAAGGGACAGAAAGAGCUAUCGUCAUUCUUUUUUCCGUCACCUUAUCUGGAAUAUUGCCAGUCUUAAAAAUCGCCUUCGUCUGUUAUAACAUUUUUUAUGGACUUACGAGUUAUGCUCAGGUCUCAGGUUUGCUUAAGCAGAUCGCCAGCCCAUCCCGUGGCGUUUCUCGGCGGCAUCUGAGGAAUCCGAGAUGCGAGCGGCGAACUGGUCGUUGAUGAACCGAAAUCUCGUCAUCGCGGAGGAAGUGCUGCUGCUGCUGGAAAGGGAAAACGAAUCACGAAAGAGGAAAACGCACGAGAGAGAGAGAAGAAGACGAAACGGAAGAUCUCGUAAGUCGAUCAAGCGGAAGAGGAAGAGGAGUCUCGUGGGCGGAAGGGAGAAUAAGGGGAAGAGGAACGACGAGGAAUACCGGACGUCUUUGGGAAGAUCAAACGGCGAGCGGGGUGGAGGUGGCUGCUGCGGCUGGACCGCUAAUAGUAUGCGUGCCGGAAAAAGUGCAAUGUCCCCUUGCGGAUGCGCGAUACGGGCGGCGACGCGCGGGAAUUAACAGAGCACGGAAUAAUCUCCUGCACGAUCUCGUGAUCUUCGUCCUGGAACUGUCGCUGCGCCUUUUCGCGAGGAGAAAAAGGAAGAAGAAUUUUGUUAUAUGUGUGCACCGCGACACGUGAAAUUCGCUGCGAAGGAAGAUAGAGAGGAGAGAUACGGGAGAGAGUGACGGAGAAAAAGAGGAGAGACGAGAUACGAAAAGGGAAUCGUAUAUUUUGAUACAAAAGUUCUCCUACGAGAGAAGAUAGGGGAGAAGGGAGUAGCAGAAGAAAGUGAUCGAGAGAGGGGAGAAAGAAAGAGAGAGUGGGACCCGCGAAUUUUUGCAGUCGUCCGGUUAUCGCACCGCGAAUUGCGACCACGUGGACGCGAUGCAAUAAAGCUCCCGCGUAUAAAUUAAUCGACGAGCAGUCUGAUCUCCAAGACGGAUAGUCUGAUCUUCAGUUUAUUUUCUGCAUCUUUCGAUUCCACGUUCCUUAUCGACGAAUGUUCUUUUUAUCGAGGAGGAUGCUGCGGGCGACUUUUGAGUCUGAAUUUGUCGCCUGACACGGCUCGUUAGCGGAAUCCUGUGCGACGCGCGAUUCAAUUUUACUGUCGAGAGACGCGCGAUAGUAACAGUAAAAUUUCGUGUUCAAUAUUGUGUUCGUCCCUUAUCAGCGUUGAUACUGCGAAAAAGGCGUUUCAUCGAAACGGCCGAUCGAUAGCCACGAUAAUUCGGUGGGCCACCGCGUUGUGUUCGUCCUACUUUUUGCACCAAGCACUGCCAUAUAAGUACCCACUGCCCGCCGGCGCGUAUUACUUUAUGUAUUACACGACACGAUAAUCCGCGCCACACAGUGCCGUCUUCCGAUAUGUCGUUCGCCGUAGACUGCCUGAAUUUCGCGCUCCUCUUCGUCUGCACGCGCGUGUUCCAUCUCGCACUCGGUAUCAGCGCACAGUAUUAUAAGGCCCAACUGGACGCGCAUUUGAAGCUUCACGGAGAAAAGUGGGCGAGCGAGGAUGUGCGAAAGUGCAAAUUAUGCAACAAACAAUUCGUGCAGCCCGCGCUCUACCGGAUGCACAUUCGCGAGCAUUACAGGUUACAGACGAAGAUAGUAAAGCAGACUAAGAGGGGAACGAAGCAUAAAACAAUGUACAAAUGCACCAUAUGCUUGAAGACUUUCCAAAAACCGAGCCAACUGAUGCGACACAUCAGAGUGCAUACGGGAGAAAAGCCUUUUAAGUGCACCGUCUGCAACCGGGCGUUCACGCAAAAGAGUUCGCUGCAAAUCCACGCAUGGCAACACAAGGGCAUUCGGCCGCACACCUGCAGCCUCUGUAACGCCAAGUUCAGUCAGAAAGGAAACCUAAAGGCGCAUAUACUCAGAGUGCACAAUGCACCAGAAGGCGAACCCACGUACGCGUGUUCAUAUUGUUCUUGCAUCUUUAAGAAGCUAGGCAGUCUAAAUGGACACAUAAAGCGAAUGCACUCUGUUUCCUCGGAGGAAUCUGCCGCCAAAUCCUUGGAAGCUAAUUCUAGUAUCUCGUCGGAAGCUGAGAUGCGUGCGACCGUCGACAGCGUUAUAUCGCAACUGGCAUCUUUGGAGUCCGCUGUGAAUAAUACUGUAAAUUCCACAAAAACUACGACCUUAAGCGCGGAGCAGAAUGAUAUCUUGCAGCAGGCAUUAAAAAACAGCGGUUUGCCGAACAAAAACGAAGUUACUUCGAAAGAAACCAUAGAACCGAAGAAGACGGAUUCGCCAACGUCGUAUGUCACGCUAUUGGACAGAACCGCUGGUGGUACUUCGAGGAAGUAUCUCACUAUAAAACAACGCUGCGUAGGAAACGUACGGUGGUAUGCAUGCUCGUUUUGCCCGAAAGAAUUCAAAAAGCCGUCUGAUUUGAUACGUCAUUUGCGCGUACAUACCCAAGAGAAACCCUUCAAGUGUAUGUAUUGCGUGCGUUCUUUCGCGCUAAAAUCGACAAUGAUAGCGCAUGAGCGGACUCAUACCGGAGUGAAGAAAUACGCCUGCGAUUCCUGCGACAAAACCUUUGCGUGCCACAGCAGUCUUACCGCUCAUACGAGAUUACACACAAAACCGCACAAGUGCAACAUAUGCGACAAGUCAUUUAGUGCGAGCACCAUCCUGAAAAAUCAUAUGAAGAGCCACACCCGGGAGAAGCCCAAGAUAUCGCCCGAGGCGGAGAGCCUGGUGCCGCAGGUGGUGCUGCAAGAGCCGCUCGUCAUCAGCGACGCCGGUAAUAAAAUCAGCGUGGCGCAGGUGCAGUCGAAGCAGAAACAAUUGUACGAGAGCGUCGGCGUGGCCAGGCCGCACAAGUGUUGGGUCUGUCACGCGGCGUUCCGGAAAAUCAGCCACUUGAAGCAACAUUAUCGUAGGCACACGGGCGAGCGUCCUUACAAGUGCUCCAAGUGCGACAGGAGAUUUACAUCGAACAGUGUCCUGAAAUCCCAUCUGCACACGCACGACGACGCGAGACCGUACAGUUGUUCGGUAUGCGACACGAAAUUCUCCACGCAGAGCAGCAUGAAGAGGCACUUGGUCACGCAUAGCAAUAAAAGGCCGUACAUGUGUCCGUACUGCCACAAGACGUUUAAGACGUACGUCAAUUGCCGAAAGCACAUGAAAAGACACAAGCACGAGCUGGCGCAGCGGCAAUUGGAUGAACAAAAGACGCAAGUGCAGAAGGAUCAACAGCCCUUGAGCGAGAAUAAAGAAGCUACCUCGACGUUACCGGAGAGCAUCGCUCUCGCCGAAGAUAUGGAGGUGUCGUUCCAACCGCAAAUGGCGCCGGAUUUCACGCAGGCUUUCUCCGACCAGUUUCAAAAUAUCAGUGCGGAAAAAGAAAAGUCCUUUUUACUGCCGGACAACGCAACGUCGAUAGUGAAUCAAAAUUUAUCUGUCGACGCAACUAACUUAGGAACGUCGCAAACUCUACACGCCGAUGAAACCGGUACUAUCACGCUACCUCAUUACUCAGGAGAUCAAACUCUCACGCCGGAAAGCAUACGAGAGAUCGAGGAGACUCUGAAUCAGCAGCUGUUUAACAUCGGCAUGAAUCUCGGGCUGGGAGCGAACGGUCUGCCGAGGCAGAUGGACGAGGCGAACGCGAGUUCUCUCGACACAUCCAGGGAACAACCGAUGCUCAAUAUUAUAUAUGAGCAUAACAAGACUCUGGACUCGUCAGGCAAUACCAUAUUCAUGUCUCAAUUCGAUUCAUUCGAUAUGAAUCAAAUUACGUUACAGGCGGAUAACGAUAUAGACAUCGGUUUAAAUCCGAGCAACUCCACGAGUAUAUCCAGUAUCUUGCCCAGAUCCGUGGGAAGCAACCAGCAAGAUGAGCAACGAGCUGCUCCAGCAACCACCGCCAGCAAUAUAGACGCUUCUCAGAUCACGAGAAACACUCAUCUGGUGGUGAUAAGUCCUAAGGAGAAUUGUUCGGAAUUGGUGAAGCUCUCGCAGGUAUGUCCGCCGAAGUACUCGAAAGUCAUCGCGAAGGCGGAUACCACAAACGGAUCGGAGAUGCAAGGCGUGAAUGAACAUGAGAAGACACCGCAGAAAAGUAACGCUGCGUCGUACGAAAACGAAAGAAAUCCCUUGUUCAUGAAGAACUUUCAAAGUGCAAUGCAGCCGGAGACGCUUGUUUCUUCUGGCGUGACGGACGACCCGGCCGAAAUAUCGGAGUGUAGCACUCUGCUGCAGUGCCACAUGUGCGGCGAUCAAGGUUUCACGACAGAGAGAUUGAAGGAACAUCUGAAGUCCCAUCGCGGUGCCAAAGAGUACGAGUGCUCGGAGUGUUCCCAGCGAUUCUGCACGAACGGCGGUCUCAGCAGGCACAUGAAGAUGCACACGAACAAGCAGCGAUGGAAAUGCACGACCUGCCAGAAGAUACUGGGCAGCAAACUGCAAUUGAAGCAUCACAACAAAAUGCACACCGAGGCUUGGAAUGUUUCGUCCAUGGAGCCGGACAGCUCCCAGAAGGAUCUCAUCUCCUCCGGUCUACCGACGAUAACGACGCUGAACGUCCGAGUAGAUCCGAACUCGUCAGUUUCCGAGAAGGUUUUGAUGGCCACGGUCGCCGAGAAGAGCAUAGACUGCGCUGACGAGAAUGUGAAGAAAGAGCCAAGGGAAUACACUAAUAAAUGUAAGUACUGUCCGAAAACGUUCCGUAAACCAAGCGACCUCAUCAGGCACAUUCGCACGCACACGGGCGAACGACCGUACAAGUGCGAGCACUGCAGCAAGAGCUUCGCGGUCAAGUGCACUUUGGACUCGCAUAUGAAGGUCCACACGGGCAAGAAGACGUUCUGCUGCCACGUCUGCAGCAGCAUGUUCGCUACGAAGGGCAGUUUAAAGGUCCACAUGCGAUUGCAUACGGGCUCGAAACCGUUCAAGUGUCCCGUGUGCGAUCUCCGAUUCCGCACGUCGGGUCACAAGAAGGUACACAUGCUGAAGCACGCGAGGGAGCACAAGGGCGGCGCGAAGCGCAAGCCGAAGCACUCGAAGAUCGCCGCGGUGGCGGAAGCGGCGGCCAGCCUCGAGAAGAUCGUUUCUCUGGAUAAUAUGUCGAUGACCACGACGACGACGGCGACCGCUGCCGUGAUCAACGACGAAGCCGCGCCAUCGCAGCCUCUGGAUUAUCCCGCGUUGGAGCAGACGGUGAAUCUCGAUACCGCGGUGCACCUGCCGAAUCAAAUCGCGUUCAACCACGCCGACGCGACGUCGACGAUUCUCAACAACAAUUCCAUCCUGUCCGUGAACGAGAACAACGAGCUGGUGGCGAAUCUGCAGUUCUUGCUGGCGAACGGCCUCGUCACCAUUCAAACGGACGACACUCUGCUGACGCCGCAGCCGGCGGCGAACGACGCCGCCGGAGUGCCGACCAACGUGAUCGAGUUGGUCAAUCCGGAUCCCUUCCAGGAGGCCUGCAACCUGGGUAACGCCAGUCACGUGGUGAUAACCAGCCAGGUGCCGACGGAGACGACGACCGCGGAGACGAGCAGCGCGACGGUCAUUCAGAUGAACGACUGCAUGCCUCCUGUGUCCAUGAUACAGAUGCAGACUCCGAGUACAAACGGCGCCGGUGUGUCCGAAGCGAGAACCAGCGAUCAAAUGACGAUGACGACGACGACGACAGCGGUGGCGAGGGCCGCGGCGCAGCCCUCCAAGAAGGAGUGCGACGUGUGCGGCAAAACGUUCAUGAAACCGUACCAGCUGGAGCGGCACAGGCGCAUUCACACGGGCGAGCGGCCGUACAAGUGCGAGCAGUGCGGCAAGUCGUUCGCGCAGAGGUUCACGCUGCAUCUGCACCAGAAGCACCACACCGGCGACCGGCCGUACGCCUGCCCGCAUUGCAAGCACAUGUUCACGCAGAAGUGCAAUCUGCAGACGCAUCUCAGACGCGUCCACCAGCUGGUCAUGCUCGACGUCAAGAAGCUGAAGAGCGGCCAGCAGAUGCUGGGGGCGCUUCUGCAGGACAAUCAGGACGGCGACACCAAGCUGCUGAACCUGGACGACAUACUGGUGGUAGAUUUUCUCAAGUGAAUGUCCUCCAGGGGGGAAAAAAAAGUCCCUCCGAGAAGAGAUCGACCCUGUGAUCCGCGAGCAAAUCGCUUUGUAGGUGUGUAACAUAAUAUGUACUAAUUAAAAAUGUGCCGCAAAUGUGUUUAUCGAUAAUUAAAAGACUGCGCUUUCAAGUGGCCGAAACAGAUGUGGAAAGAAGGAUUUCUAACGUUUAAGCAAAUGAUUAAAGCUGUGAUGUAUGUUUUGCGUAUAUCGUUGACGAUGUAA